AGGAAGUCCUUCAAAGCAGCACGUUACGGUCGAUUUUCACAGCGGCGGUGGUAUUUCCAAGCCCCAGUGUUCAGCAGCCAUGACGUGAAUGAGAAACUUUUAACAGCGUUAAAGCUGUCGGUGAUGUCCAGAUCUUAGCGACAGACUGAAACUCCCUCUCAUCAUGGACUCCAAGAAGCCGGGCAUGCUGCGGCAUCUCCGCCAGAAGAUGAUGCCACACCUCCGGCGAGGCAAGACGACCACAAGCAAACAUCUCCUUCACCUGGAAAACACCAUGGACCAUCGGAUGAGCUCCUCGGUUCCCGACAUGAGAGACAUGAGGGACAUGAGGGACAUGAGGGACAUGAGGGACAUGAGGGACAUGAGGGACGUGAGGCAGGAGUACACUCACGUCUCCUCCAGCAGCCAGCUCCAACAGUUCAACUCUCCCUGCUACAGCGACCCCUCCACACCGCUGGCCAAGCCUCAAGCUCAAGGCUCAGGAGGAAGUGGGAGUGGCCUGAUGAUGAGAAUAGAUGGUGGAGGCGCUGGGAGGAGCGUACCUGCAGACUAUCCGGACUGGGCUUCCUCCCAGGACUCAUUCAACAGCUUCUGUGAAGCAGAGAAGAGCUCUCCAGAGACCAACAACAGUUCUACCAGGGGCAUGGAGCCUGAGGAACUUGCCCUGCCGGAGACGAUGACGGUCUACAGCCCAGCAGACCCUCCCUCUGUGUCCCAGGACAGCCCACAGUAUGAAAACUAUGAAGAUGGUCACGGGUUAAGAGACGGGGACAACCAAAAUAGUGAGAUGGGCAACGAGACGGGCAUCUCCAGGAAUCUUCACAGGUCCUACCUGCUCACAAUCAACCUGAAGGAAGGACGCAACCUUGUCAUCAGGGACCGCUGUGGUACCAGCGACCCUUAUGUGAAAUUCAAGUUGGAUGGGAAAUCUUUCUACAAAAGCAAAGUGGUUUAUAAAGACCUAAACCCCAAAUGGAAUGAGACCUUCUCUCUACCUGUGAAGGAUCUGAACCAGAAACUGUACAUCAAGGUAUAUGACCGUGAUCUGACAACUGAUGACUUCAUGGGCUCUGCCAGCGUCUUCCUGAGUGACCUGGAGAUGGACAAGGUCAAUGAGCUGUCUUUGCCCCUGGAUGACCCAAACAGCCUGGAGGAUGACAUGGGAGUCGUGCUCGUGGACAUGAGUCUGUCACUCAGAGACGGAGACAGCAAAAGAGGCCAUCGGUGGCCGCAAAAAAGAAAACGAAGUAUUAGGCCGGGAGGCUCUUCUAAUAGUUUUCGUCUGUCAGAAAUGAUGAAGAAGAGUCAACUGUGGACUUCUGUUGUGUCAGUGACUCUGGUGGAGGGUCAGGAGCUGCCGCUGGACACGCAGGGAGGUCAGCUCUUUGUUCGCUUCAGACUGGGAGAGCAGAGUUACAAAAGCAAGAAUCACUGCAAAGUGUCCAACCCUCAGUGGAGAGAGAGGUUCACUCUUAACCAGUUUGUGGACAGGCCAGACAUCCUGGAGGUGGAGCUCUGGUCCAAGGAAGGACGAAGGAACGAGGAGUGUUUGGGAGCGUGUGAAGUUGACCUGUCCAGGAUACCUUUCAAUCAGAGACAGCUGUUCACAAACACCCUGGACCAGGGCAGAGGACGCUUGGUGUUCCUGCUGACACUGAACACAUGCAGCGGCGUCUCCAUAUCUGACCUCUGCGCCGCACCACUCGAUGAACCUCUUGAGCAACAGAACCAGUUGGACAACUAUAGUUUGAAAAGGUCCUUGAAGAGCCUCCGUGAUGUUGGUUUCCUUCAGAUCAAAGUUAUCAAGGCUGCAGAUUUGAUCGCUGCUGAUUUAAACGGUAAGAGUGAUCCCUUCUGUGUGUUGGAGCUGGGGAACGACAGGCUGCAGACCCACACCGUCUACAAGAGCCUCUACCCAGAGUGGAAUAAAGUCUUUACAUUCCCUGUCAAAGACAUUCAUGAUGUUCUGCUGGUGACUAUCUUUGAUGAGGACGGAGACAAGGCGCCAGACUUCUUGGGAAAAGUUGCCAUUCCCCUGCUCUCGAUCCGCAGGGGACAGCAGAUCGCCUUCCCACUGAAGAAAGAGGACUUAGGUGGGCUGUCGAAAGGGAGCAUCACUCUGGAGCUGGAGGUUAUUUUUAACCCUGUCAGAGCAAGUAUAAGAACCUUCCAACCAAGGGAGAGAAGAUUCAUGGAGGAUAAUCCCAAAUUUUCCAAAAAGGCUCUGGCCAGGAACGUGCUGCGUGUUCAGACGCUGUACAGGGCUAUCAUGUCGACUCUGCAGUACAUCAAAAGCUGCUUCCAGUGGGAGAGCGUUCAGAGGAGCCUGCUAGCCUUCCUGGUGUUUGUUGUGACAGUGUGGAACUGGGAGUUUUACAUGCUGCCCCUCUUCCUGGUCCUGCUCAUCUCGUGGAACUACCUUCAGAUCCGGUCUGGUUGGGUCACUCAGGACCUGGACAAUAUGGAUUUGGGGGAGGAGGAGGAGGAUGAUGAGAAGGAGUCGGAGAGAAAAGGGCUGAUGGAGAAAAUCCACAUGGUCCAAGAAACCAUCAUCACCCUUCAAAACCUGCUGGAUGAGAUCGCCUGUUUUGGGGAGAGGAUCAAAAACACUUUCAACUGGUCGGUGCCGUUCCUGUCGGGUCUGGCUUUCCUGGUCUUUGUCAUUGCAACACUCCUUAUAUACUACGUCCCUCUUCGCUAUGUGAUUUUAAUAUGGGGUAUCAAUAAAUUCACCAAGAAAUUACGGAACCCGUACAGCAUUGACAACAAUGAAGUGCUUGAUUUCCUGUCGAGGGUGCCUUCAGAUGUGCAGAAGGUUCAGUUCAGUGAGACGAGAGGCAGCAGGAAGAAGAAACUCUAGUAGGCUUCCUACUAGGAAUCAGCUUGUCUCGGGGUGCGUGGUAGGUUUGAAUCUUAAGUCGCUGUGGUGAUACAGCUCAGCGCCGCUCGUAUAAACCAGCACCUGAACACCUUUCAACCAAAGAAUGACACACUGACGAGCCUGCAGAGAUUUGUAAUAUUAUUGUUUCCAAAGAUUGUAGUACAGUUUGUACAGUUUUUUCUUCAAGAUAAUCAAUCAGAAGCUGCUUUAUUUUGUACUUUCUGGCCCCCAGGCUGUGUCCUCCUGAAACCAGCUGUUUGUAUUAUACUGAAUGUAUAUGUUUCAUAUGUAACAUUUGUGUGUAUAUUUUUACAUAUUUUACAUGGAUAGAGGUGCAGACUUUAAUUCCAAAAUCAUGCACAUUUUAAAGAAAUUACAAUUGCAUUGAUGAAUGUACAUUUUUAUCAUGGUUUGCUUUAAAAAGCCAUCAUCAAUUAAGUUUUCUUAGAAAAUAGUAGUCAUAUUCCUUUGUUUCUUACAUUCACAUUUGAAAAUGGAUAAGAGCUAUGUGCAUUGACUGACUGAUUUUACUUCAAUGUGACAGUAUUGACUUUUCAUGCAAAGAUGAGUGCCAACAUUUAAGUUUAUAUUUUGAUUCAUCCUGCAUAGAGGAUGCCCUGUACUGUUGUAUUUUACUCUUUGCUUGUAAGUGGAAUGGGGCAGAUCUGUAAACUUCUAACUUUAUUUAUUAAUGACAAUCAUGAUGAAGGCUUUGUGUCUCUCAUUUACAGCAAUAAAUGCACACA